AUGCCUGUGAAGCUUCCCUUUGAAUCAGUGAAGAUCUCCCCUGAUGAAAAACUACAGGACAAGCAAGACACCAUUGAACUGAUCGCACAGCUGGAAGAUUUGGCUAAGAGGCAUCCCAAAAAAGGUGCGGUUCGUAAGUUCACAAACUUGAUUGCCGAUACAAAUACUCCGAUCAAUAGUUGGAAGUUCAACGAGUGGGAUUAUGCGAGUAAGAAAGUCUCUCUCCCCACCUAUGCGCGGGGGCUGUUCACCAAGGGCAAUGAGAUCAUCUGUCGUGGUUACAACAAGUUCUACAACGUCAACGAGUUUCUUGAAGUGUCAGAGGAUCAGUUGAAGAAAAAUACUACUGGACCUUAUACCCUGACCGUGAAAUCUAAUGGAUGUAUCGUGUUUAUAUCUGGUCUAGAGGAUGGUACUCUAGUGGUGUGCUCCAAACAUUCCACGGGCGUUCGUGAUGAUAUACAAAAGAAUCAUGCCAUGGCAGCGCAGAGAGCACUUGAAUCACAGUUAAUCGGCAUUGGCCAAGGAAAAGAGCGAUUGGCAUCUGCAUUAUAUGAACUCAAAUUGACUGCUGUUGCGGAGUUUUGUGACGAUAGUUUUGAAGAACACGUGUUGGAGUACAAAAAUGACCGUGCAGGAUUGUAUUUGCAUGGUUUAAACUUCAACACUCCCAGAUUUCGAACAUAUCCAAUGAAAAAAGUGAACGAGUUUGGACAAAUGUUUGGCUUCAAGGAGACGAAAUCUCGUCGAUUUGAAACGUUUGAAGAAUUGAUAAAAUAUUUAUCUAAUGUGGCCAACGAAGGCACAUUUGAAGGUGAAGAAGUUGAGGGAUUUGUGGUAAGAUGCUAUAGAACAGAAAAUCACGAGGAUUUCUUUUUCAAGUACAAAUUUGAAGAACCAUACUUGUUGUACAGAGAGUUAAGGGAGGUUACUAAACAGUUUAUUCGAGGGGGCCCACAAAAUGUUCAUUUCGGAAAGCAUAAGUUGAUUUGCAUGGACUAUUUGAAGUACAUCAUGCCCCUGAUGCAUGAUAAUCAAGAGCUUCGAGAGCAGUACUUGGAUAAUCAAGGUAUUAUAGAACUCAGAAAGAAAUACUUUGUGGCUAGAGGAAAGACAGGUCUCGAGGUGAUAGACGAGGAAGUAUCUAUGGCCAAGCUAGAAGAUGAAAUGAGAUUAUUGUCAUUUGGGGACUCUCAGAUCUGCAAGUAUGCCGUGGUGACAGUCGCCACCAUUGGAUGCGGUAAGACUACAACCUCCUUAGCUUUGGCCAAUUUGUUUCCGAAUAUUAUAGGCCACAUUCAGAAUGAUAAUAUUCGGCGUCCUGUGGGAAAUAAGCUUGUUGCAGGAGCUCUAGAGAUUCUUAUCAACAGGCCAAUAGUCAUAUUGGAUAAGAACGAUCAUAAGUUCAUCGAAAGGAAACAAAUCUUUGAUGACUUUGAUCAGUUAAACGAAGUCAUUCCGACUUCGAAACUGAAAUUUAUAUGCCUAAACUUUCUUAGAAACAGACCACAGGAAGACAAGGAUUUAUGGAAUAUCACACGAGAAAGAAUCCUCGAGAGAGGCGACAAUCAUCAAACAAUCAAGGCUGCUGGAAAGGGCAUCACCAAAGCUGAAAAAAUUAUUCAAGGUUUCAUUAAAAGAUUUCAACCGGUUGAUCCAGGUAGAGAACCGGAUUCCAAAUUUGAUUUGAUUAUCAAUCUUGACGUUACGAGCCCUGACUCUAGCUAUGCUAAUGUGAAGACUGUGGUUGAUAACCUUAUUUCUUUUGCUUCCGAUCUAAAUUUGACGAGGCCUACGGAAGAGCAAUUUCAGGAGGCGUUCAAAAGCGCCCUUGAUUACAAGCCUUCUGUAAAUAAGAUUGUGCAUUCCAAAGGGGGACCAAGGGCACCUGCGUAUUUUGGGAUUGUCAUACCAAAUGCAGAAGAGUUGCAGAAUAAAGUGGUCAAACUAAUUCAUUCAACUGGUUUGGAUUGGAAGACUUACGAGACGCUAAAGAACACGGAUAGGCUUUUGAAUGACUUGCACGUGACCAUAAUACAUUAUAAGUCUCGCAAAACCAAUGGGGAAAGCCGAGCACUAUGGAACAUGUACGUGAAACAGGUUUUUUUCGACGAUCUGACCAAGAUCGAUGAAAACUCGCCCAAAAUUAAGGGCUGUUCGAUUCCACUACCGUCGUCUCCAACAGCAGACAUCAAGCUCGAGAAAUUGUGCAGCAAUGACAAGCUUGUAUGUAUCAAAGUGAGCGUUUUAGGUCUAUAUCAUGCCGACGGAAGAGAGAUCCAUUUAACUGCCGGAAAUAAGUUUCCCCAUGUCACCCUUGGUACGAUUAGCUCUGAGAUCAAAUCUGUGGAAUCCAACAAUCUUUUGAACGAUAUAUGCGAAUUCCACGCUACUAAUGGGAUCCAAUGUUUGGACUUUGAAGAUUCUGAGGAGAAUACUUUGAAGGGAUUGCCGAUCUUUGCUUAUUAUUGA